AUGACCUUCGCACACAACGACUAUAUGGUUGCCUGGAUCUGCGCCUUGUCGCUAGAACUGGCGGCGGCAAAGGCCAUUCUGGAUGAGGUUCAUCCUCCACUUUCCCAGCCCGCAUCCGAUCACAAUGUCUACACACUUGGGAGGAUUGGCAGCCACAAUGUGAUAGUGGCUUGUCUGCCUGGUGGUGUCUAUGGGACGAUAUCCGCUACAGCUGUGGCGUCACAUAUGGUUUCUACCUUUCGAAAUAUCCGAUUCGGCUUGAUGGUGGGUAUUGGGGGUGGAGUCCCGAGCCAGAGUGCUGACAUUCGCCUUGGUGAUGUUGUGGUCAGCAUGCCGACUGCCACUUCGGGUGGCGUUAUACAAUUUGACUACGGCAAGACACUGCGCGGCGGACACUUCCAGCACACCGGCUUGCUUAAUAAACCUCCUCCAGUCUUGUUGAAGGCCAUUUCUCAAGUAAAGAGUGAUUAUAUGACCGGGAAAAGGCUGAUCGGUGAUAUACUGAAUGAUACACUGCAGAACAGUGAAGAGUUAAAGGAACAGUUUUCGCGGCCGAAAGCCGACUGGCUAUUUUCGCCAACAUACGAUCAUGAUGAUAGCAAAUACAACUGUUUGGCAUGUGAUCAAACCCAGUUAGUGAACCGACCUGAGCGGAGAACUGAUGACCCUUGUAUUCAUUAUGGCUUGAUCGCUUCUGGAGAUCAGGUCAUGAAAGAUGCUAAGACUCGAGAUUUCAUUGCUCGGGACCUAGACAUACUCUGUUUCGAAAUGGAGGCUGCUGGGCUCAUGGACGAACUUCCAUCACUAGUUAUUCGCGGCAUCUGUGACUACUGUGAUUCGCAUAAGAAUAAACGAUGGCAAGGAUAUGCCGCCCUAACUGCUGCUGCCUAUGCCAAAGCUCUCUUGUCAGUUGUACCGGCCACUCUUUCCAGGGAAAGAGACUUGUGUAACAGUGAGAAAGGUGAGAGAAUCCGGGCAUAUCAAGUCAACUAUUACCACUAG